GACUAGAUAAAUCCCGGCGAUCCCCAAAAUGGUCCCCAGAUGAUCUUCUCAGGAAUGACUUUGUCCUCGUCCAGGUGCUUGUUUUGAUUUCCUCCCUCCUCUCUCGCCUGAUACCCAGUGAUAUCGGAUCGGUACAGUCGAGACACACAGUCAACCAUGUGGACAACCACCUCUGGCUUUCGGGGCCGCAAGCUCCGUUUGGCCAUCACCGUCACCGCCGUCCUCGGUUUUUCACUUUUCGGUUAUGAUCAGGGUUUGAUGUCCGGUAUUAUCGCCGGUACUGAGUUCACCAAAGAGUUCCACGCGCUAUACAUCCCCGAGGGCGCCACAGCGGCCUACUCCCAGCAUGUUUCGGUUCUUCAAGGCGCGGUCACGGCUUGUUACGAACUGGGUUGUUUCUUCGGUGCCAUUUUCACCAUGGUUUUCGGUGAACGGAUUGGUCGUACCCCUUUGCUGGUGGCCGGUGGUGUUAUCAUGGCCGUCGGUGCUAUCAUCUCCACUGCUUCUUUCGGUACUCACUGGGGUCUGGGCCAGUUCGUGGUCGGCCGUGUGAUUUCUGGUCUUGGAAACGGUAUGGAUACCGCCACCAUCCCGGUCUGGCAGUCGGAAUGCUCUAAGGCCCACAACCGUGGUUUCCUCGUCUGUUUUGAAGGUGCCAUUAUCGCCGUCGGCACGUUCGUCGCCUACUGGAUUGAUUUUGGUCUCUCGUACGUGGAUUCCUCAGUUCAGUGGCGGUUCCCCGUUGCCUUCCAGAUCCUCUUUGCCCUCUUGGUGACCGUCGGCGCUCUGAUGCUGCCCGAGUCUCCUCGGUGGUUUGUUAUGCGGGGAUAUGAUAAGGAGGCCUGUGAGGUGCUUAGUGCUAUUAAUGAUCUCCCUGCCGAUUCGGAGGAGGUGCUGGCCGAUUUCAACCUGAUGAAGGCCGACCUCGCUGCUACCGAAGGAAACAAGGCCAGCUGGAAAACGCUCUUCACCUUCGGCAAGACCCAGGAAUUCCAGCGUAUGAUGAUCGGCUGUUCUGGACAGUUCUUCCAGCAAUUUACCGGAUGUAACGCCGCUAUCUAUUAUUCUACCCUGCUGUUCGAGCAGAACCUGCACUUGGAGAAGCGUCUCUCUCUGAUUCUAGGUGGUGUCUUCGCUACCGUCUAUGCUCUUGCUACCAUCCCCUCCUUCUUUAUGAUUGAGAAGGUUGGCCGUCGUAAACUGUUCCUGAUUGGUUUCCUGGGUCAGGGUCUCAGUUUCAUCAUUACUAUGGGUUGCCUGAUUAAGGAGAAUGAGCAGAACGCCAAGGGCGCUGUCGUUGGUAUCUUCCUUUUCAUCGUCUUUUUCGCCUUCACGACUCUCCCCUUGCCCUGGAUCUACCCUCCCGAGAUCAACCCGCUCCGUACCCGUACCUCAGCGGCCGCUGCUUCGACCUGCACGAACUGGAUUUGCAACUUUGCCGUCGUGAUGUUCACGCCGGUCUUCUCCACUGCUAGUCCCUGGGGUAUUUACCUCUUCUUCGCCUUGGUCAACUUCUGUGCCGUGCCGUUCGCCUGGUUCUUCUACUGUGAAACCGCUGGCCGUGCUCUGGAGGAGAUUGACAUCAUCUUCGCCAAGGCCCAUGUGGAAGGCAAAUGGCCUUACCAGAUUGCCGAAACCAUGCCCAAGCUCACCCCUCAGCAGAUGGCUCAGAUGGCGACCGAGCUAGGCUUGGAUGUGUCCGGGCAGCCUGCCGCAUUUGAAACCGAGAAGGCUGAGCUCGCCCUCAGCAGUGGCGAGAGCCAGGAAAAACAGACUGCUAAUUAGUUUCGCUGUUUUAUAUAACAGAUGAGAACCAUGUACCGGCGGACCGUUUGCUUUGGGAGUUCCAACCUGGAGACGGAACGCCUGAGGUCGUGGCAUCAUGGCCACUGCGCUGGAUAGUCCGCGAGUGGUUUCCAUUGUCUUACUCAUACCCCCAUCGUUAUUAUUUUUUAUAUUAUUCAUGCAUAUAUGCCUAUAUAUGUUUGCUUUCAUAAUGUCCAUAGAUUUUCACAUUUGUGAUACCGAUACUAAAUGGUCAAUUUUAUUCGAUUAAUGUGACA